CACAUCUUACCAUGGUCACACACAAACUAUUAUGGGAAACAUACCCACCCACUUUAUGGCAAAAAAAUGUUAAGAGACAAGAGAAGCGUGUGAUUCACUCGCUUAAAAAGAGAGUAACCAUUUGAUUUUCAAAAGGUCACAAAAACUUAACCAUAACAUUAACCAUAGUUUAGAAAAGGAAACCUUAAUUUCUCUCUCUAUUUUUUCCUCUGUUUCUGUCUUCUCAGCUGUGUGCGUGUGUUGCUGCAUUGGUUUUCUGCAAACUCUGCAAAGCUUUCGCCGCCUUCCGCGUCUAUUUGGGUCUUAAAGUUUGGAUUUUUCGCUUUCUUCGAGCUUAUAAGGUUGCUUUUUUGAUAGAAUUGGGAAUGGUUAAUCAUCACUCCCACUCAAACAUUGGAAUAGGAAUAAAAAAAGCUUGUUAUUGUGAAUGAGGUUAAGUUUUCAUCAAAUUUUGAAACUUUUUGAGUACCCAGUUGAGAAAAGAUAAUUGGGUUUUCCUUGAUCUCAACUGGGAUUUUGGAUUUUGGAUUUUGGAUUUUGUCACUGCCGACUUAAAUGCUGUUUAGGGAAAGAAAUUAAGAUUAAAAAAUUAAGAUCGGUUUAAAGUCACUUACUUUAUACUUGACAAGGUGUUUCUGCUUUGUCUUCAAACUUCAUUUGGAUUCCAAAGGUUGCUCAGUUUUUGCAGAAGAAUAUGUUGGAAGCAAUGUUAAGAUUAAGAGCUUUGGUUUUCUGAUUUGAGGUUUUUUUUUGUUGUCUGAGUUGAGUUUUGGUUCUGUUGAUUGAUCCUUUGAUUCAUUCAUCAUCAUGCCUCUUUAUGAGUUAUACCGUUUGGCUAGAGAGAAGCUUGGGAAUGAGAGUAACACCACAAGUGUAGCUGAUCAACCUUCCUCACCUGAGAAUGAUUUUUUUGAGCUGGUUUGGGAGAGUGGUCAGAUUUCGAGCCAAGGUCAAUCGAGUCGAGGUAGAAAGAGUAGUCCACCUUGCAGGAGUUUGCCAUCUCACUGCUUACCCUCACAUAGUCCGAGAGGUCGAGAGAAAGACGUUGGAGGAGGAUACGGUAGCAAUCAAAAGAUAGGAAAGUUUGGUGAUUUAGAGUCUGGUUUGAAUGAGAUUCCGAUAUCAGUGCCAUCUCGCGAAGUAGAUGAAAUGAUGCCUUGGUUGGAUUAUUCGAUGGAUGGUUCUUUGCCAACUGAAUAUGGUUCUGAUUUCUUAAAUGAACUACAUAACGACAUCCCUGCAUCGAAUAGUUUUACUUUAUUCGAUAAAAGGAGUAAUGGAAAUCAGGUGUUUAGGGACUCGAAUAAAAAUUCUGCAGAACCGAUGAAUGUUUCGAAGGGUUCUUCAGCUGAACAGGUUGAGACUGCGAGAAAUAAAGCUAGCACCAAUCAGUUAUAUCCGCCAUCGUCGAAUCAAUGUCAAACAUCAUUUGUACCUGUUAGAUCUAGGGAAUCGGAUAUACAUGAAAACAAUAAUGCAAGUAAUGGUAACCAGGAUGUGCCUUACGGUGUUCCAUCUUCCUCAAGUGAUUUUUCUAGCUUAAAGGCGCAGAAGCAAGAUCCUAAAAUGCCCGGCAAUGGUUCCAAUGUAGUGAAUUUUUCCCAUUUUGCAAGGCCCGCUGCUAUUGUGAGAGCUAAUCUCCAGAACAUUGGGCUGAAGUCUGGUUUGAUUUCACCUUCAGCAAGAUCGGAUAGUAUUGGAAUUAAGAAUAGAGGUGAAGCUUCAACUAGCAGCAACCCUCCUGAAUCAGCUCUUGUUAAUUCGAGCGGCGAGUGUUCAAAGGAACCAGAGAUUCGGUGUCAGAAGGCGGUGGUGCAAUCCAAGGCUGAUUUGAAACCUUUGCAGACGAAAUCUCUUGAAACGAAUGUUGUGGCUUCUAAACAAUCUGAGCCUGUUUGCAAAGAGAGUGGAAUUAAAAAAGAUCAACCUUCCAAUCAAGUUCUUGGCGACGGUGGCACUAAAGUACAAACAGCUGCGGAAAAAGGUAUAGAGACGGCAAUAGCAUCUUCUUCUAUUUGCUCUGGCAACGGUGCAGACAGAGGCUCGGAUGAUCCAAAUCGAGAUUUAAAACGGAAAAAUAGAGACACUGAUGACUCUGAAUGCCAUAGUGAAGAUGUUGAGGAGGAAUCACUGGGUGUUAAGAAGGGGGCUUCCGGACGAGGAGUUGCAGGUUCCAAAAGAAGCCGUGCUGCUGAAGUGCAUAAUCUAUCUGAAAGGAGACGAAGAGACAGAAUAAAUGAGAAGAUGCGUGCAUUACAAGAACUCAUACCUAACUGCAAUAAGGUGGAUAAAGCUUCAAUGCUUGAUGAGGCAAUCGAGUAUCUAAAAACACUUCAGCUCCAAGUUCAAAUGAUGUCAAUGGGUGCUGGUUUAUAUAUGCCUCAAAUGAUGUUACCUGCUGGAAUGCAGCACAUGCAUGCACCACACAUGGCUGCAUUUUCGCCUAUGAGCAUUGGCAUGCAUAUGGGGUUAGGUAUGGGCUAUGGAAUGGGAAUACCUGACAUGAACGGUGGACCUUCUAGAUUUCCAAUGAUGCCUCAGAUGCAAGGAACUCAUAUCCCUAUGUCUGGACCUUCUGCUAUACAUGGGAUGGCCAGAUCGAAUCCUCAAGGGUUUGGGCUUCCAGGUCAGGGAAUUUCCUUGCCGAUGCCGCGAGCUCCUGUAUUUCCUUUUUCAGGAGGGCCUGUUUUGAACUCAUCAGCUCCUGGACCAUCUGCGUAUGGAUCCACCGGACUUGUUGAAACCGCGAAUCCGGCUUCAGUGUCGGGCUCAAAAGAUCCAAUGCGGAAUGUGGACUCUCAAAUUAAACAAAGCGCAUGUGGCCGCGACCCUACAAACCAGAUUCCUAAUCAGUCGGCUUUGGCGCAUAAUGGUGGUCAUCCCUUGGUGGCCGAUGACAGUAGAGCUGCUAAUCCUGGAAAAUAACACUUUGUGAUUGGUUAUGUUUGAUACUACGCUCUGAUCGUGGCUAGUAGAAGAAUCAGGUUUUUCGAAAUGUGAGUCCAAAAUCUCUUGUAUCUCAUCUUUGCAAGUUCAAUCCAGAUUACUACAGAGGAUGUUUGGGAGUCAUUGAGGUUGAUCCGUCAAAAUAGUGAUGGGAAUUCUAGUUUCCGGGAUUUGAAAAUUGCACAAAUUUUGGUAUCUUGUGAUUCGCCACUCAUUUGUACAUCCACAACCUGUCCAAUCUAAUGGCAUAGUUUUUUUAUAUAUCUUACUUAACAUUAUGCAUUCAAAUGCUUGAUUCAGAUCUUUCAUAGUGA